AUUGGCACAAUGGAAGAAGCUGGAAUUUAUGGGCUAACUGUGGAAACAGAUAUGUUGUGUAACUCUCAAUCAGAUAAUACUCUGCAACAUCAAGACUCAAGUUGUGAUAGUACAAAUAACAAACAUCCAUUGGAAGAAGAUGAAGACAGUGCCUUUGUAAUAAAGAAUUGGAAUCUGGUGAGCACAGGAGAGGAAACCUCUGGCCAACAUGCUCAAGUAGAUUUCUGUGAUGGUCGGCAACUUUCAGAGUGCAACAGGAACAAAGAGAAAGCUUUGGGAAAAGAAGUUUUAUUAUUAAUGCAAGCCCUGAACACCCUUUCAACUCCAGAGGAGAAGCUGGCAGCUCUCUGUAAGAAAUAUGCUGAUCUUUUGGAAGAUAGCAGGAAUGUUCAGAAGCAAAUGAAGACUUUGCAGAAGAAGCAAACCCAGAUCAUGAAAGAGAAAGUUCAUUUGCAGAGUGAACACAAUAAGGCUGUCUUGACAAGAAGCAAACUGGAAUCCCUUUGCAGGGAACUUCAACGUCACAAUAAGGCAUUAAAGGAAGAAAAUAUGCAGCAAGCAGCAGUAGAAGAAGAAGGUCAUAAGGAAGCAACAGCACAUUUCCAAAGUACUUUAAAUGAAAUUCAGGCACAACUGGAGCAGCAUGACAUACAUAAUGCCAGACUCCAACGGGAAAACACUGAUUUGGGGGAGAAGCUAAAGAAGCUCAUUGAACAAUAUGCACUGAGAGAAGAGCAUAUUGAUAAAAUGUUCAAACAUAAAGACCUGCAACAACAGCUUGUGGAUUCCAAACUUCAGCAGACGACUCAGCUCAAAAAAGAAGCUGAUGAAAAACAUCUAAGAGAGAGAGAGUUUUUAUUAAGAGAAGCAACAGAAUCGAGACAGAGAUAUGAACAAAUGAAACAUCAAGAAGCACAGCUAAAACAGCAGCUUUCUUACUAUAUGGAUAAGUUUGAAGAAUUCCAGACUACCAUGGCAAAAAGCAAUGAACUUUUUACAACCUUCAGGCAGGAAAUGGAAAAGAUGACAAAGAAAAUUAAAAAGUUGGAAAAAGAAACUAUAUUAUGGCGCUCCAAGUGGGAAAAUAACAAUAAAAUACUUCUGCAAAUGGCUGAAGAGAAAGCUAUUCGUGAUAAAGGGUACAAGGCCCUUCAGAUAAAAGUAGAACGGCUAGAGAAGCUGUGCAGCGCUCUUCAAGUGGAAAGAGAUGAGCUCAGUGAGAAGGUGGAAGUCCUUAAGGAGCAGGUCUCUGUAAAAACAGCACAUGUACAAUUAGCAGUGCCUAGGUUACAGUCAUGUAUUGUUCUUGAUUCUGAUGAGGAGCUCAGUAGUUCCUCUGAAAAAGAUAUAGGACACCAGCUGGAGGUGGGCCUCAAGGCACCAAAUGAAAUAAAACAUCACUCAGAAGACCCUGUUCACAGGAUUUCUUCUAAACACUGA